GACAAGAACUUUAUCUCCGAUUACGCCUCAGUCAACAACGACACGGUCUUCGAGUCGGCCGCCAACACACAGAUACUGAAUCAAGUGAUUGUCGAACACUUCCUCCGCCAGGGAAUGCUGGAGAUUGCGGAACAGCUGACCCGCGAGGCGCGGCUCGACAUUCCCGACCAUAAGAAGAAGCCGUUCACCGAAUUGAAUACGAUUCUCGACUCGUUGAAGGCCAGGGAUCUGCAGCCGGCCCUCCAGUGGGCGAUCGCCAAUCGGGAUCAGCUUCGCGCGCAGAACUCCGGUUCGGCGCUCGAGUUUAAACUCCAUAGACUUCAGUUCAUUGAGCUCUUGAGGGGUGGCGUUCAGAAUCAGAUGAAACUCAUCGCUUACGCGCGACAGUACUUCCAGCCGUUGGCCGACAAACACGAGCGGGAGAUACAGGCGAUGAUGGGUUCGCUACUCUACCUGAAGUCUGGGCUCCAGAACUCGCCCUACAAUUACUUGUUGGACAGUAUCGGGUGGUCAGAGAUAUGCGAUAUCUUUACGCGCGACGCGUGCGCUCUGUUGGGUCUGUCGGUGGAGUCGCCGCUGGCGGUGACCAUCAACGCCGGGUGCGUAGCCCUACCGGCGCUGUUGAACAUCAAGCAAGUGAUGCAACAAAGACAGGUC